UAGAAGCUGACUACAGGCAGUAUGUAGGCAUCUUUCAUUCAGAAUGGACAGCAAUAUAGUGAAUAGAGGAGGAAGCUUUUAGAAAUGUAUCAUUUGUCAAAACUGCAUGGCUUUUAAAAAGGGAUAGAGAGAUGCUGAAUGUUUUGUAUGUUAGCAUCGACUCUUUAUUUCUGUUCAGACUCUUAAGUUUUCAGAAGCUUAAAUAUAGAGCCCUUUAAAAAAAAAAGAGGGGGGAAGAAAGAAGAAUUUUUCUGGUUAGUCGACCUCUUUUUAAGAAGUGCUUCAUCAUCCUCCUCCACCUCUCCGCGAUGUUUCUCUGCAGCUCUCUGUAGAUUAGGGUUCUGUGCUGGCUGGCAGAAUGCUCAUUUGUUAGCUGAAUAGAGUUCAUCGACAGACCUAGAUCAAUAUAGGUUUUAUUUCUUUCCUGUGAAUUCCAAAAUGCCAUCCAAAGAGUCUUGGUCGGGUAGGAAAACUAAUAAAGCUGCAGUUCACAAAUCAAAACAAGAGGGCCGUCAGCAAGAUUUAUUGAUAGCAGCCUUGGGAAUGAAACUGGGUUCUCAAAAGUCGUCUGUGACAAUCUGGCAACCUCUGAAACUCUUUGCUUAUUCGCAGUUGACAUCACUUGUUAGAAGAGCAACUCUGAAAGAAAACGAGCAAAUUCCAAAAUAUGAAAAGGUUCACAAUUUCAAGGUCCAUACAUUCAGAGGGCCACACUGGUGCGAAUACUGUGCCAAUUUCAUGUGGGGUCUCAUCGCUCAGGGAGUGAAAUGUGCCGAUUGUGGUUUGAAUGUUCAUAAGCAAUGUUCCAAGAUGGUCCCAAACGACUGUAAGCCAGACUUGAAACAUGUCAAGAAGGUGUACAGUUGUGACCUCACAACACUCGUGAAAGCCCAUAUCACGAAGCGGCCAAUGGUGGUGGACAUGUGCAUCAAGGAAAUUGAGUCCAGAGGUCUGAAUUCUGAAGGACUGUAUCGAGUAUCAGGAUUUAGUGACUUAAUUGAAGAUGUCAAGAUGGCUUUUGACAGAGAUGGCGAGAAAGCAGAUAUUUCUGUGAACAUGUAUGAAGAUAUCAACAUUAUCACAGGUGCGCUGAAACUGUACUUCAGGGAUCUGCCAAUUCCGCUCAUCACGUACGACGCCUACCCGAAGUUCAUAGAGUCCGCCAAAAUCAUGGAUCCCGAUGAGCAGUUAGAAACCCUUCACGAGGCACUGAAACUCCUGCCGCCCGCUCACUGCGAGACCCUGCGCUACCUCAUGGCGCAUCUGAAGAGAGUGACCCUCCACGAAAAGGAGAAUCUUAUGAACGCAGAGAACCUCGGCAUUGUUUUCGGCCCGACCCUCAUGAGAUCUCCAGAACUAGACGCGAUGGCCGCGCUGAACGAUAUACGAUACCAGAGACUGGUGGUGGAGCUGCUGAUCAAAAACGAAGACAUUUUAUUUUAAAUUUUAGUUUGCAGGGGGAAGAGAAAAAGAAAUGUUUUACAGAUGAAGGAAUGUUUUAUAGGAAUUUAACUGGCUCUUAUAGCUGAAUUAUUUCUCGGUUAGGCGUUACGGCAGAUAGCCGGACUAAAAUGAAGGAGCUUCCCAUUGUUUUAGUAGCACCGCUCAGCUGUCCUUGUAAAACGGUGCACACACGCUCUCCAGUGCUAGUAACCCUGGGUGUUUAUCACGUUAAGAGAAACUCGAGCUAUUGCAUGAUUAGCCCCCUCUUUGGCAAGGGAACCCCACACAAAGGAGACAACAAGCCUGCACCCGCCUCUUCGUCCCGGGUAGUCUGUGGUUGUAAUUCAGCAUGUUUCACAGAGUAAAUCUGUCGUGACUUCGCUUUCGGGUUCUAUGUCAUUGGUUUCUGACGCUUCUACACACAUCGCACAAAUGGAUGGAACAGCACCUCUGGCUGCUGCAUUGCCGCAGACCCUGACACUUGCCACCUUUUCUCAGAUGCUUUAUUUGUGGUUUCCUCAGUUCUUCUCUAACAUAGUCCUUUCUUUCCAGCAAAAGCAAACUGUGUUUUCAGAUUUGUUACUUCAGUAAAUUAUCCACCAAUAAAAAAAGUACAACGCGGAGCA